AUGCUCACUGAGCCUGAGCUACCUCAGGAGUGUAACAGGAUGUCUUCCAAGCGACCAGCCUCUCCAUAUGGGGGGACAGAUGGAGAAGUAACCAUGGCAACCAGCAGACAGCGCAUGGAUGACGAGGAGAGCGAGGGACUGGGCGGGGUCAUCCACCUGCCCCUGGCCUCAUACUGCAGCAAAGUGUCUCCCAGAUCGCCCCUGAACCGCAGCUUGGAUAGCCCUCCCAACACAGAGCACGAAAGCUUUAAGGGGCGCUCCCUGAGUCCUUACACCCAGCACAAUGCUACCUCACCAGGCAAAGAGGAAGCUGGUGGCGGCAGCCGACCCUGCAGCGAUGGGGGCUUGACCACAGGAGCCCUGGGGACCCCUGAGAGGCGUAAGGGCAGCCUGGCAGACGUGGUGGACACACUGAAGCAGCGCAAGAUGGAGGAGCUGAUCAAGAACGAGCCAGAAGAGCCCCCCAGCAUCGAGAGGCUGCUGUCUAAAGACUGGAAGGACAAACUUCUGGCAAUGGGCUCAGGGCACAUCGGAGAAAUCAAAGGUACCCCAGACAGCCUGGCGGAGAAAGAACGCCAGCUCAUGGGCAUGAUCGGCCAGCUGAGCAGCCUGAGGGAGCAGCUCCUGGCCGCGCACGAGGAGCAGAAGAAAUUGGCCGCCUCUCAGAUGGAGAAGCAGCGGCAGCAGAUGGAGCUCGCCAAACAGCAGCAAGACCAGAUUGCCCGACAACAACAGCAGCUUCUGCAACAGCAACACAAAAUCAACCUCCUGCAGCAGCAAAUCCAGCAGGUCCAGGGCCAGCUGCCUCCUCUGAUGAUCCCAGUGUUCCCUCCAGACCAGAGGACCCUGGCAGCCGCCGCCGCUCAGCAGGGCUUCCUCAUGCCUCCAGGAUUCAACUACAAACCCGGCUGCAGUGAUCCAUACCCUCUACAAUUAAUCCCCACGACAAUGGCUGCUGCUGCUGCCGCUGCCACACCAGGCCUUGGUCCUCUACAACUACAACAGUUGUAUGCCGCUCAGCUGGCCGCCAUGCAAGUUUCUCCAGGAGGGAAGCAGCAUGGAGCCAGCCUGGUGUCUCAAGCCAACCUGGGUGCGCACUCACCCCCGUCCAACACCCACCUACAGAGUGACAAGGGCCGCAACUCCCCAUCACAGGGCAAAAAGGACAGUGAGGGUGCACAGCCACUGAACCUGUCGGCCAAGCCUAAGGCACCUGAGAGCAAGUCACCCACCUCCCCCCCAACUUCCCCACAGGUCCCUGCUGUCGGUGCUGCCAAGAUGGGCCCGGGCUCCCUGAAGCACACCAUCGCCCCCUCCAGUAUCGGAGGACCGCAGGGCAGAGUCAGCUCAAUAGCAGACCUGUUGUCCUCGCUGACCUCCGGGGCGUAUUUGAGCGAUCACGAAGCUGUGUCCAAGGCCUUUGCGGAGGCUCGCCACAUGAAGGAGCAGCUCAAGAGGGAGCAACAAGUGCUGGACGCCAAAGUGGCAGCGGUCAGCACCCUCAGCCUCAACAACGGACGCUCAGAGAAGGACAAGGCAGCGCUGGAGAGUCUGAGUCAGCAGCUCAAACAACAGGCUGAAGACAAGUUCAACCACGCCAUGUUGGAUUUCACCAUGAGCGGGGACUCGGAUGGCUCCCCCAGUGUGUCAGAGUCCAGGAUAUUCCGUGAGGCCAGGGGGCGGGGCGCCAGCGAGCCGCACAUCAAGCGACCAAUGAACGCCUUCAUGGUGUGGGCGAAGGACGAGAGGAGGAAGAUCCUGCAGGCCUUCCCCGACAUGCACAACUCCAACAUCAGCAAAAUUCUGGGCUCUCGUUGGAAGGCCAUGACGAACCUGGAGAAGCAGCCGUACUACGAAGAGCAGGCGCGUCUCAGCAAGCAGCACCUGGAGAAAUACCCCGACUACAAGUACAAGCCCCGCCCCAAACGCACCUGCCUGGUCGACGGCAAGAAGCUGCGUAUCGGCGAGUACAAGGCCAUCAUGAGGUCCCGCCGGCAGGAGAUGAGGCAAUACUUCAGUGUGGGGCAGCAGGGCCAGUUGCCACUGUCCUCUGGAGGCGUGGUGUAUCCAGGCGCACUGUCCAUGGCCGGGAUGCCCUCUCCCCAGAUGCCCUCCGAGCACUCCAGCAUGUCCAGCAGUCCCGAGCCCAACGCCAACCACCACCAGACGCCAGGGCUCACCACGCUCAAGGGGGAGGAGCCUCGCAUCAAGGAGGAGCUGCGAUUGGACGACAGCAACGGCGACGCCUACGACGACUUUGACUACGAGGACGAAGAAGCAGAUUACACAAGUGACAAUGACAACCACAUCACUCAAUAG